AUGAAGCGACAUCCGCGAGAGUUCCGGACAUGGGGUUACCAGGAUCCCGUGGUCGCAAGGAUGGAUCCGUUAUCGAUCACGGCAAGCGUUAUCACUCUUCUCGGUACUGUCGCCGCCUCGGCCAAGGCCUUGGAAGCAGUCCGGGGCAUUCAGAAUGCCCCAAAACAAGUCGCCACAGCACUCAAUGAGGUCACAGACCUUCGUGCUGUUGUCGGCAUGAUUGAGCAUUCUAUCAACGAUCUAUCGGAUGAUGAAAAGCGGAAGCACAAGAUCAUCUGCCAGAGUCUUUACGAUCUCGCUUCCAAGGCAAACGGAACCCUCCAGGAGCUCAACACAAUAAUCAAGAAGGUGUUUCCAAAAAGGACAAUUGCCGGCUCCGAGGAACAUGUUUAUGUUCUCUCACGUCGUAUGUGGCUACGCGAGAAGUCCGCAAUCGAACGUCAUUUUCUCAACAUCCAAAGUACACGAAAGAACUUGGAUUCGGCUCUCAACUCGUUGAACGCUGCUAGGGUAGGCGUACGCUCAGAAGCUCACAUAGUCCUCCAGACGUCUAUCGAAAAGCUUGAGGAGUCAGUCAUGAAGGCGGUCCUUGAACAGAAAACUCAUGACCGUGCACUUGAACCACCGUCUUAUGAGGAACGCGGCAUUCCACGUAACGAAAACAGCUCUCUCAAACAAGCCACCAGCGGAAUUUCCGUCGAUGCUUUUAGUAAUUGGGGUAUCGAGCAGUGCGACGAUAUCUGUCCGUGCGAUUGCCAUGUGAAAAGUACCGUCGAGGCUCCACGCUGGAUCCGCGGCCUGUUCGGGACCUUGUUCUACACCUAUUCGGGGUCGCCCGUCUUUGGCAGAUUGCCAUGUAACUACAUCCCCUGCAGAAAAACGGGAGAUGGGGGUCAUCAGUAUACCUACUAUUUCCCUAGCUGGUGGCUGGCCAGAGCCUUGUACGUUUCGUUUUCGCGACAGAAUCUUAUUGGGAUCGGCGGCUCGUGGACCUUCAGCAUACCCAAGAUGGUGGACGGCGGUCAUCCCAUUUGGAGGUUUGUAAACUCUGGCACCGUUCGCCAGGUAGCAGACUUGCUUCCCAAAUUCGGCGUAUCAACAUGCGACAUCAACAAAGAUGGCAAAUCCCUCCUUCACUUUGCGGUAGAGUGGAAAAGACAAGAUAUGUGUUCAUUCCUGCUCCAGAGCGGUGUAAACAGGUUCUUUGAGGACCUAUCGGGCGUUUCAGCGGCAAUGAUGGCAUGGGAGCUGGUUUUGCCACCCGACGCCUCCAAGGAUCUUGCUCAUAACACCGAAGUCAUUCAGAGCCUCUUCAAGAAAGAUGAAGUGUUUGACAAUCUGAGGUUCAGCAAGCUCCACCAUGCUCUUCUUACCAUGACUGAAGAAAGUUUCAGUAGGGAGCUAAAGUUGAGUUUCUCAUUGCUAAACCAGCAGGACGCGCUUGGCCGAACACCUCUCGCCUGGGCAGCCGCUCAGGGAAUGCCUGGCAAGGCACGUCAGUUACUCGAAGUCGGGGCCGCUUCGGAUAUUGUUGACAAGCACGGCAAGACAGCACUGCACUGGGCCUGCGCUGCCAAAGCCAAGGAGGUCGUGCAGAUCCUUCUCGAUCACGACGCACCGAUCGAAGCCAGAGACAUCAUCGGGCGAACUCCUAUAUGGGAAGCAGCCCAUGCGCCGGAUAGCCAUGAGAUCCUCGCGCUUCUUGUUGAGCGAGGUGCCGAGAUAGACUCGAGAGACGACAUAUACGCACGCACACCGUUGCAUUUGGCUACCUACCAAGGGAAAUCAUCCAAUGUCACGGCUCUUCUCAAACUGGGAGCCGAUAUAGAGGCAAAAAUGACAUCAGGACGUACGCCGCUGCUUAAUGCAAUCGCCUACAACCAGCUAUCCACAUUAGAGAUCUUGAUCAAGAACGGUGCACGCACAGAUGCUGUUGAGAAAACGACAGGCGAGGGGAUCUUGCACCUGGCUGCGCGAUUUGGACCUCCCAAGGUCAUGAAAAGACUCCAGGCAUCUAACCUGGAAGGCGUCAAACUGCUUGCAAGAGACGCGCAAGGGCGGACAGCGGCGGAGUCCUUUCGACUGGAGCGUCCUAGCUCUUACUAUGCAGAAGUCGAUCCCACAGAAAACGUAGAUCAGGCGUUUGAGGAUCUGUGUCUGCGUGUUGAGGAAUUGGAGAUGGAGGCGAAAGAAUUUUGCGGCCUUUGCGUUUGA